AUGUGCAGGUGUACAGCAGGUAGACCACCCGCAAGGCAUAGUUAUAGAAAAGAUUUUAUAACUGUAAAUAAUGCAGUUGGUGACGAGGAUGCAAUCGAACCGAUGGAACUGAAUGACAAUGAGGAUGUGCAAUCAAAUGCCUCUACAAUACCAUAUAAUGGAGAGGAAUGGUUUGAUAAUGAAAAUAGAGAAGAAUCAGAUGCCAAUAUUGAUGACGAAGAAGAACGUAAUAGACGUUUAUUACUUGAGGAUUCAAGUGAUGAAAAUUCAAGUGAUGACGCUUCGAGUGUUCAAGAUUCCAGUAUUACGACGGAUUCAGGAUUUGAAACGUCGUAUUCAAUUUUAACAUCGGAAAGCGAGCACACAGAGGUGAAUAAAGAUGAUGAUGAUAGCGAAGAUGAUGAAGAAGAAGAAGAAAUAAACGAGGAAGAAGAAGUAAUCGAGGAAGUAGUAAAUGAAGAAGUAAUGCAGGAAAAUGAACAACCAGAUGAGGUUAUGGAGCCUCAAUACUACAACCAAGCUGGAGGCAGUAGAGAUAUCCCCAGAGACAACUCGUCAAUAGCGCGUGAAAAUAUUCGAAAACGCUUCCCGAUACAGAGAUAUGCUAAAAAAAGAUGUAAAUACAGCGUUGGCGAUUUGGAACUCCGAAAAAUGUCUAUUUACGAAAAUUAUUACACUUCACAAGUCGGCAGAGGUGGUGUAUCGCAAGUAUAUGUUGGAUCAGCUUAUCAAAGAGGUCACGGAAUUGGUAGUUUCCUUGGUGGAUUAUUUCGACGUGUUUAA